GACACACAGCUGUCAGUCAGGCAGUCAGAGAGGGAGAGGGAGGGAGAGGGGGUGCAUCAUGCUGAGGGUCGGUGUGGGGCUCAGGCUGGGGCUCCGGUCGGGGGCCGGAGUCCGUCCUCAGGCAAGAUUCAGCCACGGCGGAUCGGAAUCUCUCAGGAAGACCCCUCUCUAUGACUUCCAUCGGAGCCAGGAGGCUCGGAUGGUAGAUUUUGCAGGAUGGAGUAUGCCGGUUCAGUAUAAAGACAGUCACAUUGCUUCACACUUACACACAAGGGAGCACUGUUCACUGUUUGAUGUGUCUCACAUGUUGCAGUCUAAGGUGGUGGGGAAAGACCGAGUGAAGUUCAUGGAGAGUUUGAUCGUUGGGGACAUUGCUGAGCUCAAAGAGAAUCAAGGCAUGCUGUCCCUCCUUACGAAUGAGAAGGGAGGUGUCAUUGAUGAUCUAAUAGUGAGCCAGACAUCAGAUGGGUAUCUGUUUGUUGUGUCGAACGCUGGCUGUGCUGACAAAGAUUCUGCCCACAUGAAGCGUAAACUUGCAGAGUUUAAAGCUGCUGGAUACGAUGCUGACUUGGAAUUUUUGGAAAGAGGAUUGAUUGCGGUGCAAGGGCCAUCAACUGCGCGGGUUUUGCAGGAGGGCAUGAGCGACGACCUCAGCAAGCUGACGUUCAUGUCGAACGCGGUGAUGACUGUGUUUGGGGUUCCGGGCUGCAGAGUCAGUCGCUGCGGAUACACUGGAGAGGACGGGGUUGAGAUUUCUGUUCCAAUUCAACGCACUGUUGAGCUGGUGGAGUCUUUGUUGAAGCACAGUGAGGUCAAACUCGCGGGCCUUGGAUCCAGGGACAGCCUACGCCUCGAGGCCGGACUCUGUCUCUAUGGAAAUGACAUUGAUGAGACCACCACUCCAGUGGAAGCAACCCUGAUGUGGACCAUAGGGAAACGUCGGCGUGUGGCCGGGGAUUUUCCCGGAGCUUCGGUCAUUCUCGGGCAGAUCAAAGAGAAAACGAAGAGAAAGCGAGUGGGUCUGACCUCGACAGGCCCUCCCGUCAGGCAGCACACCCCGAUCCUAAAUGCAGACGGAAAAAAAAUCGGAGAAGUGACCAGUGGCUGCCCAUCACCCUGCCUGAAAAUGAACAUAGCCAUGGGCUACGUGGAGUCACAGUACAGCAAGGCAGGCACACCCUUAAAGGUGGAAGUUAGGAAAAAGAUUGUGGAUGCUGUUGUCAGCAAGAUGCCUUUUGUGCCGACCAAAUACUAUAUUGUCAAGUGAUCUUUGCCCCUUUUCGAGCGGAGAAAGAAAGGAGUAGAAAUCUAAUGCCUUGAACAAGAGAUCUGAUGAAUUUCAGACUUUACCACAAUUGCGCUCAUAUUAAUUCGCGUUAUUUGGGUAUCAUUUGGUUGAGACUUGAAUAGUGUUUGGGUGUUGGUUCACAGAGGUGAUUUUGUGAACCGAUGUAUAAUGUUUUAUAUCGAGAAACUGCAAAAUACCUGUUGAUUGUAACAUUGGUAUCCAGAACACUGAGCAGUUUCAGCAAUGACUUUUGGACAUUUGAACAACAGAUUGACUUUGUAGCUCAGCACUGUAUUCGGCUAGUUUUUUAACCAUCUCACACUGUUGGGACAUCUGUCCACAAUUAGUCAACUAACACCCCUUAGGUGUCUUUCAAUUUUGUACAUAAAUAAUUUGUAGGUCACUGGAGUUUAUAUUGUAAAAUAGAAUUAUUGAAAUGUACAAACUAAUCAACUUGCAAAUAACUCAUUUUAAAUUUAGAUGUAAUUUUGUACAUGUGUUUUCCUGAUGUGAUGAUCAAAUAUUACUGCAUUUCAUUAUAUUUAAAAAAAAGUAUCCUCAAUGGUGACAGUGAUGUAAUUGCUCAUUCACCUCUUUGAGCCAUGAUUUACUCUAUGGAACGAUUGGUGAGGGAGUCUGGUCACAGAUAGUGUUUGUAGUACUAACCACAGUUUUUCUGGAUGAUCAUGAACACUGGGAUAAUAAUAAUAAUCCUUGCAUUUGAUACAGCGUCUUAUCACGCCUUUGAGAUGUCUCAAAGCGC